AUGCCGUGGGCACGAGCUAUCCUCCCUGAGAAUAUUCCUGAUUUGAACUUCAUCGUAACUGCAACAUAUGUUGGUGAUCAAGGUCAAGAUAUUGAAAUUGGCUCUUCUUCACCUUCUUCAUCGUCUAAUCACAGUGGAAGUAGUGGUCGCAGCGGCAGCGGAAGCGAAAGUGGAAGUGACAGCAGCGGCGAAGAUGAGGAGGAAGAAAAAGAUAAUGGGGAAGUGAGGUCUAAUUACAAUAAUGGUCAUAAUGAGAACGAUAAUGAUGACGAUAAAGAUCUGUUUGGGUGCCCGAGUGAAAGGAUGAAGUGA